AUGGAAGCUGACUAUAUUCAGCAGAGCAUCAUGUCUUUCCCUGAGACGGUCAUUGUUGUAAACACUCAAAAUCUAGAUAAGGAAAUGAUAGUCUCCAGAAAAACAUUGGAAAGAAAGCAACUUCUCUUGAUGAAGCUUCUUCAUGCUUUACCUUUGUGCAUUGAGAACUACGCCACAAAUGAUUUGACAUUGCUGAGUAUUACUUUCAGUACCUGCAUUCUGAGAAUGUCAAAUCUCAACAAACUUGACUUUGUCGCUUUGGAAGUUUCCGGAAGGAACUAUCUCAAGUGGACCCAAGAUGUCAAGCUUCAUCUGACUGCAAAUAAGAUGAGAUCAACGAUUAUUGCUGACAACAUCACCCCUGAAGACAUGAAGGCAAGGGCUAUGAUUUUCAUCAGGAAACAUAUGGAAGAAGCACUCAAGGUGGAAUAUUUAGCUGAAGAAGACCCACGAUCUCUUUGGGUCGCUCUAGAAGAGCGAUUCAACCACCAAAGGGCCAUCUACUUGCCGGAAGCAAGGCACGAUUGGCAGAACAUACGUUUCCAAGAUUUCAAGACUGUCAAUGAGUAUAACUCUGAAAUCUGCCGGAUUCGGUCACUCCUAAAAUUCUGUGGAGAAGAGCUCACAGAAGCCGACCUACUGGAGAAAACUUUCUCCACCUUCCCACCUUCCUGUAUGGUCCUGCAGCAACAAUACAGGGAAAGAAACUUUGCUAGAUUCUCCGAAUUAAUCACCAUCCUGUUGCUCGCUGAAAAGAACAACAACCUACUUCUGAGGAAUGAUCAAGCAAGGCCCACCGGUACUAGAGCAAUUCCUUUGCCUGAAGCAAAUACUAUUGCCCAUCACGAAAAUAAUCGUGGAAGGAGGAACCGGGGCCGUGGAAGGGGAAGAAGGUCUGAACGUCCAAGGCAUGGAAGGAGAAAUGGGCCCAGAAAUGGCCCAUAUGAUCGUGACCACCCAGGCAAUGGCCCAAGGGGUCGAGGAGGACGUGGACAAGGCCCACGUGGUGGAAACCGAAAUGGCCAAGUCCGACAAGCUCAAAUUAGAGAGAACCCUGGUCCGGCCCGUCGCCCUCAAAAUCAGCAUAAUCUAUGUUAUAGAUGUGGAGGCACUGACCAUUGGUCCCGCACCUGUCGUGCAACAGAUGAAGAGAUAGGAGAGUAUCACGCCAGACGCGGAACUCGAGAGGCCAACCUUGUGGAAGAGUCAGUCCCUAUGGAUACCACCUUGGAGAUUACUGAUUUCCAAGCAGCCAAUGGAUACAUCGAGGAUUGA